UAUUUCAUUUUUAGCAUACUCUAGUUAGGAGUAUAAAGGCGUUACUGCUAAUAUAUUGUGAUGAUAAAUCUGAAUUUGUGUCUCCUCUCGUCUCUCUCAAACCUCUCUUCUCUGUCUCUAUCUCUUGAAAUUCUCUUCUCCUCUGAUCUCCUUCCCUCUGCUUCUUAUCCUUGUUCUUCGGUACCGAUAAUUUGGUAUCAAUUGGUAUAGAGCCAGGUUGCUCUCGGCAUGUGGACUGAAUAUUAACAAAGCAUUAGUUGAAGAUUCUACAAUAGAAAACAUAUCGCAUUUAUGCGACGCAUCAGCCGACCAAACAAUGACUCUAUUGGCUGAGAUUCAAAGGCUUUUUCAGAAAAUUAAAAGACAAAUUGAGCUAAAAUCUGAAGAGUCAUGCAAAUACUACUGCAUGCCAUGCUAUGUUGUUUGCUCUAGUGGGAGGUACUAUUGCCUAAACAUGAAGAUCUCUGCUUGUGUACAAAAGUGGUAAGUUUUAACCUCGAAACUUCUCCUUCAGGUUCCGUCCUUAUAGAGAGUGCUGAAGUUGUGGAAGUUAUGUUCUUAAAUGUACUUUUUAUGGAAAACGAGAGUGAUAAUGAUAUAGAUGCUUUGGGAAACACAUUCCUAGCUAAACAUUUUGUGGAAGAUGAAAGCGAGAGUAAUGCUCACAAUGUGCUUGGUAAAAUGCCAAAGCUAGAUUAUAAUUCUGAUGAGAGUGACUUGGAUGCUUUAGAAGACAUGUAUCUACAUGCACUAUAUUUCAGCAUCUCUACAACUCCAUGAAUAGUGCAGCAUGGGUUUUUAAGUUACAAAGGACAUCUCUUAUCCUUUGUAACUGACAAGGAGGUGGGAGAAGUACAUGUUAGCAAGCUUUGGAGACUGGUUAUUUGAUUUUAUCUUUCCUGUUGCAAUGUGUUCUGGUGCUCUUAACUUCUCUGGUUCUGCCAGUCUAAGGAAUGGAGCUGCAAAGUCAGAGAUAUGGUGAAUAAUUUGCAAUUCACUUUUGACCCAGCUGGUAUAUUUAUUGGCUUGGAGAACCAAGCUAUUGGGUUGCAUUUUCAAAACCUGGACCACUUAAAAAUUUGCACCAGCAAACAUACAACUUGAAGGGAUAUGUGUCAUCAUUCUUCUCUACUCAAUUAUGGAGUCCAGCAUAUGGAAGCAAGUUCAGCUCUAGAUGUUCAUGCAAUUAUUAUUCGUCUCUUGGUGGAGGAAGAUUGGAAACCUGAAGAAUGCUCCAAGAGUGAAGUUGGUGGAGGAAGAUAGGAGGGUUAAACUGAUGACUACUUACACUCCGCAGUUUCUGGGGAUACCGGCAGUAUGGACGCAAGGAGGAGGAGAUAGAAACAUCGGGGAAGGAAUUGUGAUCGGCUUUGUUGAUUCUGGCAUUAACCCAGACCACCCCAGCUUUGCUUAUGAUCCCACAACUACUACUAAUUAUACUCCUCAACAUUUUUCUGGAGCAUGUGAGGAAGGUCCUUUAUUUCCUGAAACUUCCUGCAAUGGUAAGAUAGUAUCUGCUAGGUUUUUCUCAGCUGGAGCUCAAGCUACUGCUGUUCUUAAUGCCUCUGUGGAUAUUCUCUCACCCUUUGAUGCUGUUGGACAUGGCAGUCAUGUAGCUUCAAUUGCAGCUGGAAAUUUUGGAGUUCCGGUGGUAGUGAAUGGCUUGUACUACGGACAAGCAACUGGAAUGGCGCCGCGGGCAAGGAUUGCAGUUUAUAAAGCUAUUUAUCCAAGCAUAGGAACUCUUUCAGAUGUAUUAGCGGCAAUUGAUCAAGCAGUAUUAGAUGGGGUUGAUAUCUUGACUCUAUCAAUAGGACCAGAUGAACCACCAGAAGGCACACUGACUUUCUUGAGCCUGUUUGAGAUAUUCAUGUUAGCUGCACACAAGGCUGGAACAUUUGUUGUUCAAGCAGCUGGGAACCAGGGUCCUUCUCCUUACUCUGUCAUCUCUUAUAGUCCAUGGGCUGUAGGUGUUGCUGCUUGUGACAUUGAUAGAACCUAUCCUGCCACUCUUAUUCUUGGUAACGGUCUCAAAAUUGGGGGUGUAGGAUUAUCAGGACCGACAUUUGGAGGUGGAUUGAUUCAGUAUAAGCUGGUUUUGGCUAAGGAUGCAGUAAAAAAAAAUAGCACAUUUCCAAGAAUUUUCAAUGCGGAAGAAUGCCAAUACCCAGAGGCAUUUGACCCUCUUGUUGUGGAAGACAGUGUUGUGAUUUGCACAUUUUCAGCUGGUUUCUAUAAUGGGAAUUCCAGUCUUAUGGGCAUCAUACAUACUGCCAACCUUGUUCGAUUCAAAGCAUUUGUUUUUGUUGCAAAUCCAAGUUAUGGAGAUUUCAUAGCGGAGCCUAUUCCUUUCGCCACUCCUGGCAUUAUGAUACCAACAACUAGUGAUACCCAGAAUAUAUUGCAGUACUAUGAAAGAGAAACUGUAAGGGACAAGAAUGGUUUUGUGGUAAGAUAUGGUGGUAGAGCAGCCAUAAGUGAAGGAAGAAUUGCUUCUUACAAGGGUAGAGCUCCUAUAGUUAGUAGAUUUUCGUCAAGGGGUCCUGAUUACAUUGAUCAAAGUAAAAAUCCUACUGAUGUACUUAAGCCUGAUAUUUUGGCUCCUGGACACCAAAUUUGGGCAGCUUGGAGUCCCAUGAGUGUUUUAAAUCCCAUUCUGUCUGGACAUAAUUUUGCCCUAAUGUCUGGUACAAGCAUGGCAACCCCUCAUAUUGCUGGAAUAGCUGCACUAAUAAAGCAAUAUAAUCCAUCAUGGACACCAUCAAUGGUAGCUUCAGCAAUGUCAACCACAGCCACCACUUAUGACAAUCUUGGGGACCCCAUUAUGGCUCAUGGAUUUGAUCUCUACACCUUAUACACUUCUGCUCCUUUUGGUUUUGGUGCUGGCCUUGUCAAUCCCUCUCGUGCUCUCCAUCCUGGUCUCAUCUUUUCAGCAGUGCCAUCAUCAAGUGUGAGUGGAGCGAUGCUGCAAGUGGAAUUUACUCCUUUGCCAUCAAGCAUAUUGAAUCGAUGAAGAAGAUCAGCAAUAUACUUUCUUUGUGAGAGGAGAAGACCUGCAGAUGUAUGGCAAACCUUAACACAAAGAAAGUAGUUAAGAGGCUGUAGAUCUUUCAGAGAAAACGGGCUGCUAGAGCUGUAUUCACUUCAAGUACUUUUGCAUCAGAAGAACCUGUCAAUAUAAUAUCAUCGACAUAGAGAAGUAGAAAAACAACAUAGGUCAGACCAUGCAUUGUAAAAAGUGAAGUAUCCGACUUAGAACCAACAAACCCAAUUGAGCAAAUAAAUUUCUUGAAUUCAUUAUAACAUGAACUAGGGGCUUGGCGAAGACCAUAAAUUGCCUUAUGGUGUUUGCAAACAUAAGAUACUUAGAGUUGACAAAACUAGGGGGUUGCUCCAUGUAAACCUCAUCCUCUAGUUUACCUUGGAUAGAUGCAUUAUUCACAUCAAGUUGAUAAAGAAGCCAUUUGGAGUAUGUGGCCAAAGUUAGAAUCAGAGGGAUAGUUGUUGGUUUUACCACUGGACGGAAAGUUGAGGUGAAGUCAAUACUAGGGCGCUGAUGAAAUCCUUUUGCAACUAGCCAACCUUUGAAUCGAUCUAGAUUUCAUCGGAUUUUUGUUAAUUUGACCCGAAAAACCCACUUGCAGCCAAUGAUAUUUCGGUUUGCAGAUGGAGGAACGAGGGACCAAGUCUUGUUGCGGACAAGGGCAUCAAUUUCUUCAUGCAUUGGAUCUUGCCAUGCUGGACUACUUCUGUAUAUGUGCGAGGAGCCACAAGAGUGUUGGGAUCUAAAUAACAUGACGCAUUCGAAGCUAACAAUGCAAACUAGUAUAAAAAUAUAAAAACCAUUGAGAGAAAAUUCUCCCCUAAACAAGACUCUUUAAUGACUACAUUGUGGAUGCUAUUGUUGUUGUUCUUGUUGUGAGAAGAAAAUAUCAAGUUAUAGAAGUACAAAACUUCUCCUCCAAGAAAAGGAUAAUGCACAUGAAUGAGAUUUAUUCUUUUUAUGAGUU